AUGUCGGCUCGCGGCCACCAGGAUCCUGUUCAGAUCUUACGUUCACCACCACAAACGCGACAUACUGAGCUCCAAGAGGUUGAUUCCGCAUUCGACGCGGCCACGGCCUCGCCGGCCACACCUGCGGUCUCUCAUUCUUUAGGACGAAUCUGCUUCCCGCCUUCUCCCCCUUACACGAACCCACAUCUCAGGCGCGCAGUACCUUUGCCGUUCUUUGACGAGAGCUUUUCCAAGAAUCAGCCUGCCUCGAUGGAAUGUGGACAGAAUGCGCUCAAACGCAUGCAACAUGAAUCACAUAGGUCGUUGAGCGUACUUUCUCCUCCGUAUUCGCCGCGUCGACGGACUCUGUCACUGCUGAGUGUGGAUGAGAACGAGGAAGCCGCGGAUUCUUUCGAAUCGAUUCCCCCCGAGAGCGUGUCUUCCGCCGAGACAGACGGAUAUAAAGGAAGGCAAUUAAUUGGAGAUUUCGACGAAUCGGAACCGCCGCCUUUAAAAUUGAAGGAUUUGGACCUUGGGGAGGAGUCGGAUGAUUGGGAUGAGCCACUCUUCCUGCAUGCACCCUCUGCGCUGCACUCCUCGGACGGGCUGGAGCUCAAUCUAUUUGGCACGAUAUAUUCCAGCGAUGAUGAUUUCCCUUCUCAUGGGCAAUUUAAUCCACCGUCUUCGCCAACUAUACACUCAUCUUCUCUACCUGCCUUUGACGACGAUGGCGAUCAUCCAAAAAGUGGCAAACCUCUCUUCGAUCCUUCGGAUUUCGACGUGUUUGAAAAUGGAUGGGAUGCCAUAAGCAAUUCUGAUUCAACUCGGUUUAGCACAUUCUCAAGUGAUACGUCGUCACAAGACACAAUUCUCAGUCCUGUCUAUGAACGGUCUGGAGGAUUCGAUGAUUGUACGGAACCUUUUCUGUUCGAAACACCGACUUCUCCAUCUCGACGAAGUAUCAUUGACCUUCCCGGAGAUGAAUCCUCCGACUCUACGGGAUUAGAGCCGUUAAUGGCGUCGCUUGCAAUAGGGCAGGAUGAAGUGGCUAGCCGGCUUUAUGAUCAAAGCUCUUCUUCACAUGCCCCAUAUAGCCAGGAAAUACGUCCGUCGUUCGAUUUCACUGCUGAGGCUGUCCAAACUCCUUUCAGAUGUCCUAUCUCGCUACAUUCUCCCGUUUCACAGUCUCCUUCUACUCCAAGUCUACUCUUCGCUUCUCUUGAACCUCAGGACAUACCAUUGCCAGAAUCACCUGAGGAAGAAGUCCUUACCUUACAAGGCGACUAUGCGUCAUUGCAUAUGUUCGAGGAGCAUCGUAUCCGUACCUUGCAUCGGGAGAUGCUUGAGGCGGAAGUGCAUGCGAGAAAUCGGGAGGUGGCCUUGACGGAUUAUAUUGCGAGACUAAACGCAAUGAAACCGCCAUCAAUACCAGCGCCGGUUCCCAUAUAUCGUCCUAGGACACCGCUCGAGGUUGGAGGAUCGCCCUCUACUUUGCCAAAUGAUGAUCUAUUUGCAAAUUCGGAUACUUCCCAACCUCAGGAGCAACCAUCUUUAUCUCAAAUUCCGACCCAAACUGCAUACACACAUCCAUGUUCCUCGAUUCAUGGACCCACUGCGUUGGAGUUCCUACAAGCACGUCGCCGCGAGGUCCAGAGUGCCACUGCAAUGCGCGCCGCAGAGCGACGACGUCGAAAACGCACGAAGGAACGUAUCCGGGAACUCGAUGCGCUUCUCCAGAUUAAGACUGGCCAUCUACGCCCAACGGACGUGUGGACACUAACAGCUUCGCGUGGGCGUCGUGGUCGAAAUGACGAAGCCAUCGUUCUUGCUGCUUCAGGGUCUGAUCGACAUCUAGCACAUACAAAUGCUAUGCUACUUGGAAAUGCUCAAGGACCCAUGCAAUCGCAGAGGGAACGACAAGAUGAGAUCAUGCAGUUGGUGGCAAAGAUGGUGUUUCGUCGACGUGAUUCAUCGCGGCCUCUGUCUGGGAAGGCGAUGCCAGCGGUACGCGAGUACGUACGUUCCGGCCUAUCACGGUCCAUCUACUUUGACGACUCUGAUGGUCAUGGUCACGAAUCCACUUCUAACGAUUUUGAAACGGUCUUGGCGAGCUAG